ACAUUGCAAUGAUAUAGGCCGGCCUGUGAAUCAAUCGUACAGAGUAUAAAUUGUAUCAUAUUCGUACGACCCGCCUCCGUAACUGUCCUCGACCAAAUUAUUUGGAACAGGCGUGCGUGCCAAUAAACUACGUAGCAUCAAGUGACGUCAGAUGGCUGAUAGGAGCUACGCUUACGACCCCGUCGGCACCGGACCGCCAGUCAACCAGCAAUCGUACAGGAUGGAGGCAGGCCAACUCUGGCGGCAAUAUGUCAUCGCCGGCGUCGCGAACCUACUGGUCGCGUCGUUAGGUUACAACAUGGGGUGGACGGCUCCCAUAAACGUCAAACUAAAUAACACAGAAGAAACGCCUUUGGACAAACUGCCGACAUCUGAUGAGCUUGCGUGGAUGGGAUCUCUGGUGUCUGUUGGUGCUAUACUUGGUCCAUUCGUCGGUGGUCUAGCCGCGUCAAAAAUCGGCAGGAAAUGGGCAUUAAUGGCGUCCACUAUUCCUCUAUACAUUGGCUGGGUGUUAGUUGCCGUGGCUCAGACCAUGGCCUACCUGUUCGCUGCCAGAGUGUUCUGGGGCAUUGCUGUGGGCAUGGUGUUUACUAUAUCGCCUAUGUACUGUGCUGAAAUAGCCACGGAUGACAGUCGAGGUGCUCUAGGCUCUUUCCUGCAAGCGUUCAUCACACUUGGUUUCCUAUUAAUCUACGGCAUCGGGCCUUACAUCUCGUAUUCUGCUAUCGCGUAUGUCGGUACGGCCGCUGUUGCUGUCUUCUGUGUACUCUUCUUCUUCAUGCCGGAGAGUCCUACGUACUAUUUAUUGAAAGAUGAUAGAGAUUCAGCAGCAGACUGCUUAGCCACCAUUCGUGGUAAAUCCCGCGCCGGUGUUGAAGCAGAACUCAGUAAAUUGGAGUCUGAAGUUAAAGCCUCUUUGGAGAAAACUGCUACGGUAAUGGAUGUGUUCAGAGGCAGUAAUUUCAAAGCCUUCUACAUAUCCUGCGCGUUAGUAUUCUUCCAACAGUUCUGUGGUAUUAACGCCGUGCUGUUCUACAUGACCACCAUUUUCGAAGCCUCUGGAACAUCUCUAGAACCAGCCAUUGCUACUAUUAUUGUUGGUGCUGUUCAGGUUGUAGCUUCCUUCAUCACACCUCUGGUGGUGGACCGACUCGGAAGGAGGAUCCUAUUGCUCAUUUCUUGUACAGGAACAGCUAUUGGCCUGGGUCUCCUCGGCAUGUUCUUCCUACUAGCUGAACAACAGAGUCCCGUAGUUGAUUCCAUCAGUUUUCUGCCAAUUCUGUCCCUAGUGUUAUUCAUAGUGACAUAUUGUUGGGGACUUGGACCAUUACCCUGGGCGGUCAUGAGCGAACUGUUCCCUAUUGAAGUUAAGGCUGCUGCUUCUCCGAUAGCUACGGCUUUCUGUUGGAUCAUGGCCUUCCUUGUAACUAGGUAUUUCCCCACAAUAUCCGACAGUCUGGGAAUGUACGUGGGCUUCUGGAUCUUCGGCGUGUGCUGUGUACUCGCUUUCUUCUUUACACUCUUUGUGGUUCCCGAAACUAAGGGCAAGAGCUUCCAGGAGAUACAGGAGAUGCUUGCUGGCGGAAAACCAAAACCGGAGAAGGCGUAAAUAAAUCAAAUUGUAUCCUAACUAGUUGUUUUUUGUAAAUUUAUGUUUAUUUGAGAUUUGCGAAGGAUGUGUGGGACCAAGUGUUAUUUUUAUCUAAUGCGUGCGCAAUAGUUAUACGGCUAAGCCGAAUUAUAGAUAAAGCCGGUUAUAAGUGACUAAAAAUGGCUAUAGUUGACUAUAAGUAAGUCUUAAAAUGGCUACAGCUGACUAUAGUUAAUACUUACAUACUUAUAAUGGCUAUAGCUGACUAUAAUUCUUAAUUACAUACUUAUAAUGACUAUAACUGACUAUAAAUGUUCCUUAUAAUAGCCAUACAUGGCUAUAUGUGAUCUAUCAUUUUUUAAACGGCUAUUAGACUUAAACAGUUGUAGUUGUUUUAAAAUUACUUAUAGCUGGCUUUAUCAUGCUACAAAUAGUUAAAUGAUAGUAAAUCUUCCUAUAAGCUACAAGCUUUAAAAUUAUUAUUUUGAUAUGUUAUCUACUUUUAGCAAAUAUUUAAUCAUCACAAACAUAUCAGCCUUUAAAGCUGUAGUUAUAUUUUAUACGUAUUUUAUAAGACCAUAAAUAUUAUAUUUUAUGUUAUUGGAAUCACUUUUGACGAAUUUUUAUACUCAGUGACGUUUUGAAACGAAUUUAGAAAUAUUUAUGAAAUAUGUUUUUAGACGAAUUUAUUAUAUACCAAAGUACAAAUUUAAGGUAUAUAAGUGACUGUUUAGAAAUAUAAAUGAAGACUUACUUAGGCAUUAAACUUUUUUGGUAUUUUCUAUACGAAAUAUUUUUGGAUCACCAAAAGAAAUAAUAUUCUUCGUAUAUUUCUAAACCAGUUUCGAAUGAAUGAAUUUAUUACCAUGUUAUACUUUUGUACAUAAAUUUAUUUUAGACUGUAAAUUGUGAUAAUCUUUGUUUAAAUAAAAAUUUGAAACCUU